CUGGGAGGGGAAAGGGACCAUUCAUAGGCUGUAACGGUCAAACCCAGGGCCCCACCUGCUUCUCUAGCUGCAAGAGGGAUAUCCCUGCCCCCCCCACACACACACUUUCAUUGGGCACCAUCCCAGCAGCUUCCUGGAGGGUGCUCCCCCCAGGGAUGUGGUGUGGGGUUCAGGCCCGGCCCCUGCCUGCUCCUGAUGCUGGCCUGGCCUUGCAGAGUGGCGGGUAUGACCUCAACCUCUUCGCCACCCCUCCUGACUGCAAUUUCCUGUGCUCUGUGUGCCAUGGGGUGCUCAAGCGGCCUGUGAGGUUACCAUGCAGCCACAUCUUCUGCAAGAAGUGCAUCCUCCGCUGGCUGGCCAGACAAAAGACCUGUCCCUGCUGCAGAGAGGAGGUGAAGCACAGAAAGCUCGUCCACGUGAAUAAACUCCGCAAGACCAUUGGCCGCCUGGAAGUCAAGUGCAAGAACGCCGACGCUGGCUGCUCGGUGACGUGCCCGUUGGCCCACCGCAAGGGGCACCAGGACUCCUGCCCGUUCGAGCUGGCCGCCUGCCCCAAUGAAGGCUGCCCGGUGAAGGUCCCGCGGGGAAGCCUGGCGGAGCACAGCCAGGUCUGUGCGCAUGCGGCCCGGCAGCGGUGCCCGCUGGGCUGCGGGGCCAGCCUGAACCCGGUGGAGCGCACGCGCCACAACUGCUACCGCGAGCUGCGCGAGGCCUGGAGCCAGAGCCAGGAGCGCAGCCGGGGCCUGCUGCUCGGCCUGCUGCGGCGCAUGCGCAAGGUGCACCGCACCACCAGCCUGCUGCGGCGCCAGCUGGCGCAACUCGGAGACUUCCUGGAGGACGAUGCCCUGCUGGUGGCGGCCCCGCCGGUGCAGCAGGCCCGGGCCACGCCAGAGGGCAGCCGGAGACCUGAAGUUGGGGGGCCCAGGGCCACGGUACCUUCCAAAUAGAGGGCUAAAUAAAUGCGAGCCCAGGCCUGGCCCGCUC